GGAGGUGACGCACCGGGCCCGGCGGUUCCGGCGCGCAGAGGGAGCCCGGGGCGCCGCUCUCGCCGCCCGCCCGGAGACAGAGCUCAGAUGAAAUCAAAAGAACGAUAAAGUUUGGAGGAAAAACAAGAAGCUGCACUUGCUUUCCUGGUCUGCAGUUGGGCAGGGCAUUAAGAUGUCCGUGGACAUGAACAGCCAGGGCUCUGACAGCAAUGAAGAGGAUUAUGACCCUAAUUGCGAGGAGGAGGAAGAGGAUGAGGAUCCUGGGGAUAUUGAGGAUUAUUAUGAUGGGGUAGCUAACGACGUGGAGCAGCAGGGAGCAGAUGCCUUUGAUCCAGAGGAAUAUCAGUUCACCUGCUUGACUUACAAGGAGUCGGAGAGCACUCUCAAUGAACACAUGGCCAGCUUGGCUGCCACGUUAAAGGUAUCACAUGCUGUUGCAAAGCUAGUAUUAGUUAGUUUCCACUGGCAAAUCUCAGAGAUUUUGGAAAGGCACAAGUCUAAUCCUGCCCAGUUGCUAGUAGAAGCUCGAGUUCAGCCCACCUCAUCCAAACAUGCAAUGGUACAUUCCUCCCACCACUGCGCCGUGUGCAUGCAGUUUGUCCGCAAGGAGAACCUGCUGUCCCUGGCCUGUCAGCACCAGUUCUGCCGCAGCUGCUGGGAGCAGCACUGCACAGUGCUCGUCAAGGACGGUGUUGGAGUCGGGGUGUCCUGCAUGGCUCAGGACUGUCUACUCCGGACACCAGAAGACUUUGUGUUUCCAUUGCUGCCUAGUGAAGAGCUGAAAGACAAAUACAGGCGCUACCUCUUCAGGGACUAUGUGGAGAGCCAUUACCAGCUGCAGCUGUGCCCUGGUGCAGAUUGCCCCAUGGUCAUACAGGUACAAGAGCCAAAGGCCCGGCGGGUGCAGUGCAAUCGUUGCAAUGAGGUCUUCUGCUUUAAGUGUCGGCAGAUGUACCACGCACCCACAGACUGCGCUACCAUUCGGAAAUGGCUCACCAAGUGUGCAGAUGACUCUGAAACAGCCAACUACAUCAGUGCUCACACUAAAGAUUGUCCCAAGUGCAAUAUCUGUAUUGAGAAGAACGGAGGCUGCAAUCACAUGCAAUGUUCCAAAUGCAAGCAUGACUUCUGCUGGAUGUGUCUGGGAGACUGGAAGACUCACGGCAGCGAGUACUACGAAUGCAGUCGGUACAAAGAGAAUCCUGAUAUUGUAAACCAGAGUCAGCAAGCACAGGCCAGGGAGGCCCUUAAGAAGUACUUGUUCUAUUUUGAGAGGUGGGAGAAUCACAAUAAAAGCCUACAGCUGGAGGCACAGACAUACCAACGAAUCCAGGAGAAAAUCCAAGAAAGAGUUAUGAACAACUUGGGAACAUGGAUAGAUUGGCAAUAUCUACAGAAUGCUGCAAAACUACUUGCAAAGUGUCGUUACACCCUGCAGUACACAUAUCCCUAUGCCUACUACAUGGAGUCUGGUCCCAGAAAGAAGCUGUUUGAAUACCAGCAGGCCCAGCUGGAAGCUGAAAUUGAAAAUCUCUCAUGGAAGGUGGAGCGAGCAGACAGCUAUGACAGAGGGGACUUAGAGAAUCAGAUGCACAUAGCAGAGCAGAGACGGAGGACCCUGCUGAAAGACUUCCAUGACACAUAAGAGAGGAGGAAGUGACAGUGCAGGGGUGAGAGCAGCAGUGAAGUGAUGGUAGCUUCACUGGGAUAAGCAGGCACUGCCUCUGGGAGAACACGGCCAAGGACAAAGCCACCCCUCCCCUUGCAAGUCAGACACAUGCAAACACCACCUUUUAGUCCAGUUUGUUCUCUUAUCUUUCUGUUUCUGUUUCUGCCAGGCUAGAGGCCAGAGCUCAGAUUGGCAUAUUUCCUGGGCCAUUUCCCUCCUGCCCUUGAUGGUUUCAGAAGGGGAGGGAGUUUUUUUCUGAAUGGCUGUUAAUAGUGUUAGAUCAUUACAGUUUAUGUAAUUUUCAACGGUUGUACAAUUAUACAGACAAACCUUAGAAUAACACAAAACCCUUUUUAAAAAUAAAUUGGCAGUGGAGUGUUUUUCCUUAAUCUGCUUGUAAAUUUAAUGGGCUUUUUCCCCCUCUCCUUCUCCCUUCCUCUGACCCAAAAAUCCUCCUAGUCAUUGAAGGAGGUUAAAAAAAUAUCUCAGCUAGAUUUUCCAAUGCUCCUUUAACCAGGGCGUUGCAGCAUUGGCAUUGCAUGAGGAGAGUGGCUGGUGUUAAGGGUGGCUGCUGCUGUGCCUGGCCUGACAGUACCAGCAGUGGCUGUGAUUCAGUAUGAUCACAUGUGACAUCUCUUUUUUCUUGUAAGUCAGCUGUGCAAAAUCCAGCUACACAGACAAAAGCAAACAGAGGAAUUGUAGGGGACACACCGGGUUAACACUGGGGGAUAUGCUUGAGUUUGAGAGAAAUUGAGAGAAAUCAGAUUCUGCAUUUGAUGAAUUUAGGUCUUCCAUGUAGAUUUUUGCUUUACUUGUUUUUGUGGGGAGGAUGUUGUAUUGCCAAAGUGAGUGAUGAGGGAGUAGUAGCAUACAGUUGUUAAUCAAGGCUUGGGGCUUUUGCAGAGUGAAAGAAUCCAUGUUAUAACAGUGCCAUGCAGCCUGAUAAAGAUUAUUUGUGCCUGCUGGGUAGCAUGGCUGAGAAAAAUUGAUCUCAUUCAUCAAAGUGAGACUGAACACCACUACAUUAUGAGGAGGAAAGAUUAUGUACAACACACUCCCUGGCACGUGUUGGCAAUGUGGAUGGGCACUUGAAUACAGGUGCCCUGCUUGUGCAGAGCCUGCACCAAGCCAGGCAGAAAAUUAACUAGCAAAAUUAAUUUAUUUGUAUAUUAGUAUUGAUGCUGGUGGGAAUUUAUCAGAAAAUUGAUUGUUAGGAGCAUGUGGAGCUUUUUUAUUAACAUUCUCUUUUCUAAUGUAAAAUAUACACUAAAAUAAAAAUAUGAAAAACCUA